AUGGAAGCCCAACUUGCUGAUCUGCAGGCCGAAGUCAAGCGACUUCACGAUAAACUGCAGAAGGUAGAAGAUGAGGCGGAAAUCCGCAAGACGCAUUUCAAGUACGGUUACUACCUCGACAAAUGUCUCUACAACGAGGUUGUCGACAUGUUCUCCGACCACCCAGACGCAUACGUCGAGUUCCUCGGCUCUCGCUACAGGGGCAAGGAUGGCAUCCGGCGCCUGUACCAGGGCCGCUUCCAAAAGUACUUUGUCGCCGGCCGCAACGGUCCCGUGUAUGGUUUCUUGUUGGACCACCCUAUGCUCCAGGAUAUAAUCGACCGCGACACGGAGACACACGCCUGGGGUCGUCUUCGCGCCCUGAUGUCCGCCGGAACCCACCAAAGUAUCCAGGAAGAGCACCCUCGUGGCCACGCCCAGUGGUGGGAAGGCGGCCUGUAUGAAAACGAAUACAUCAAGGAAAACGGAGUCUGGAAAUUGUUCAGGUACCGAUACUUUCCGUUCUGGCACGCUGAUUUCGAGCGAGGCUGGGCACACACCAAGAAGAACUACAUCCCGUGGCCUACCAAGACGUACCCUGAAGACCCGAUCGGGCCGGACGAAAUCAUCGAGCAGAGGAUGCUGUGGCCCGACACCCGCGUCAUCCCGUUCCACUACCCUCACCCUGUGACUGGGAGACAAGUCAGCGACGACGACCUGAGAGCACCGCACUACGGCCAGGACGUGAGCACAUCGGAGCCUCCACUGACGCUAGCCCUGCCCAAAGAUCAGCAGGAGAAGUUGGCCAACGAAAAGACAGGUGUUUGA